UUCAUCAAACACAAUUUCCCAGUGCUUUCCCCAAUGUGCAGGUACUCGUCGAACAAAUCCGUCGUUUGUCCUGUAGCAAGCUGACGGAUUGCUGCAGUACAUUUAUAGAGUGUCGUGAGACUGGGACGACCAGUAGCGUCGAACCCUUCUUGGAAGUACUCUUCCCGGGCCGCCAAUGUAUUUGUGAUAUGCAUAAAUAGCUCCCGCCGUAUGCAGAAACGACGACGGAAGUAGGUAUCUCCGCAUACCGGGUUCUCACAAAAGUAAUCUCGUACCAACCUUGCGGCGACUUCCUCCCAGUCACGAUGGAUGUAUUUCCGGGGUUGCUUUUGACGCACCGCGGCUUCUUCCUCCUCCCUACGUCGAUCUGCUUCUAGCGAUUCUUCCAUCAUUCGACGCAUUAGCUCAAAUGGAUCCAUGAAUGGGUUAAAUUUGGGAGAAGAAUUUGAGAGGAAAGAAAGAUAAUAUGAUAGUGAUGAGAAGAAAAAAUGAUGAGAGAUAGUGUGUUUGUAUGUAAAAUGAAAGAGGUUAAUAGGAGUAUUUAUAGAAUAAAAAAAGAAACAAAAAUUACCGUUAAUUUUUUUUUUCAAAAAAUCAAUUUUUUUAAAAAAAUACUUAUUGCGUCAUCAUGACGAUGCCACUCGCGUGCCGGCGAGUGGGCGUCACGCCGCGCGCCAGAGCUCGCCACAUGGCGUUGGCGUGUGGCGAGACAGCCCGCCACCCCCUCCCCUUCCCCUCAGGCUACGCGACGAAUCGGAGCAUCCACAUCGAUGUCUCGAUGCGGUCUCGUCUUGCCGGGACGAGACUGAGCUCGCAUCGAGACACCAAUGCAAAUGCUCUUAUAUGCUUUUGCACGCAUCCUCAUGGAACGGGCUGCCUAUAGCAGCGCCGUGCUUAGCAACUAAGCACGCGGUGACGCACUCCGGCAGACCACGCCCACGCCCACCAAUUAUAAUUGAAGUAGUUGCAGUUGUACUAAAUUGCAUUUAAUGACACAGUCUGUCACCAAUUUUAGCCACUAAGUAAAAAACAUCCACAUUUAGUUUAAUAUACUUCAUGAUCCCCACCCACUUUAAAUUAAUUAAAUAAUACCACCAUGUGGAGAUAACUACAAGAAACAAUCAAGUCCUAUAAAAAUCAAACCCAAUAAAAUCCCACCUCAAACUGGAUCUUCCUAAUUAAGAUGAAAAACCAUGUGUUCUCUAGCGAUGAAGACCAAAAUGGAAUGGCCAGAUCAUCAUCUUUCUACUGGUGGAAAUCCCUCGAAGAAUUCGACGAAAAUGGCAAUUUCAAGAUUGAGAUGAAUUCAUCAGACAUCUCAACCCUGACACCGAGAAUGAGAGUUUUGAGAGAGAUGGAGAGAUUGGCCUUCGUUUCUGUCGAAGGUUUGGAUGAUUUCAGACACAAAUUGCUGAGUUAUAGAGCUGGAGAUUUAUGGCUUCCUGUCGGUGGGAUAAAGAAGGAAGAAAUGGAUAUUCCACCUGUCAUCACAAUCCUCUUGACUGGCAUGGUUGGGUCUGGUAAAAGCUCUCUAAUCAACUUGAUGUAUAGUGUUCUUGGAAGAUCUGGAUUGAUCCCUUUUGCUCAGACAUCAGUUAAUAUGCAUAUGAAAUUAGGCGAAUCAUCAGACUACACAACUAUGUUUCUUGAAGAGCACAAUGUGUUGAGAUCUCCUAGGAGUGGAUUGUGUGUCUACGACACCAGAGGCUUUGACCACAUUCUCAUAGACGACGAGAUUUCAACGUGGAUGACUGACGGCGUUAGGCACAACCAACCUUGCUACAGAUUAGAAGAUGAUCGAAAAUUUAUGAGAUUAAAUAGCUCAAGAUAUGUCAAGAGAAGGGUCAAUUGUGUGAUGGUUGUGGCUGAUUUAUUACAAAUUCACCAGGCCUUCAAUUCUUCUGAUUUCAAAUCGAUUGAGUCGUUGAAGUCCCUUUUUCAUUUGGAUUGCAUCAAAAAUUUGAAUGAGAAUCCGAUCUUAAUUCUAACACACGGUGACCUUCUAAGUCCGGAAGAUAGGAUUGGGGAGAGGCUGAAAAUAUGUGAAUAUUUAGGUAUACCGGAGACGAGUGGGGCAUACGACGUGGCAUGCUUGACGGAGAAAGGGAUUCUUGUUGAAGACUGUGAUCCGGUAACGGCGUUCGCACUAACGGAGGCUGUUUAUAGGGCUUUACUGCAAUCAGACAGAUCUCAUCUGCCUAAGAGGAAAUUUGUGGAUUUGAUUAUCAUGUUUUUAUUAUGGAUAAUGAGCUGCAUUGCUACAUUCUUUGCAAUUCUUGCUCAUUUCUUCUCAAAAUUUGGGCAUCAUGAUAAGAAACUUAAGAUGUGAUUGUGUUUAAACUUUAAUUGUAAUCCUAGUUUGUGGUUCUUGAUGUUAAGGUUUGAUGGACAUGUUAAUGUUUUGGGAGUGAUUUAUCAAUUAAUAUGUGUAUGUUUUGUGUGAUAA